AUGUCGACUACUCAAACUCGGCUCACUGACAGCCCAACUAUCACAGUCACUGCUGUAGGCCCGCAUAAACCUUCUGAUGGGGGUCAAAACAUUACGAUGUUGUAUUACGUCCGCCCGAUCGUUGGAGCCAAUUUAGAUAAGCGUUCAAGUAUACCAACCUCAAACAGUCCUACGAUGGCGGCGUAUCCUCUGAGAAAAAGUAAGGGGUACCUACAUGGUCGAGCGACAUGGGAUCCCAGUCAGGGAGUCUCCGCCCACAGUCUAGAGAGCGGCAAUAAGUUCAGCUCAAUCAUACACUCCCACUUUGACAGUGAAAAGAUCGUUGGUUUUCCAUCUCCAAUCGUUCACGGGGAGUAUGCAAGUGGAACCUCAAUUGCAAGUAUGCUGAUGAACGUACACGAGAGAUGUUUCACCAGCAGAGUUUCUCAGAUUCAAGACUCGAUCAAACAGCUACAUGCACGCUUACCUGAUGGCGAGGGAGAUUUUGAGAUAGCUUUUGCUGACACUCGUGAAGAGUAUCUCAAAGCUAGACCCAGCAUUACGGAGGGUGUCCCCGAAGCUCUAAGCACCGCGAUGCAUGAGCGAAUCCUCAAGACAGACUGGAAAGAUUGUAUAGUCGGUGAUUGGUCCAGAAUUCCUCAUUCCACGGAUGGAACUGUUAUGGUGCCUGUUGCCCUCACAUUCGCUCGAUCUUGGCUGCCCACAUAG